AUGGGCUCUGGAUUUGGUUCAUCUGGAAGCGGAAGCUUUGGUUUUGGGGGUUCGUCUGGAACUGGAUCAUCAGGUUCAUUUGGAUCCGGAUCUUCAUCAACGGGCUCAGGUUUUAAUGCAGGAUCCUUUGGGGGUUCUGGAGCACCGUCGGGAUUCGGAAUGGGAUCAAGUUCUGGAUCUGCUAGUGGAUCCAGUUCACCGUCCGCAACAAAUAUGGGAUCAGGUUCGUCUGGUAGUAACGGAUUUAAUGUUGGAAGCUUCGGAAUGGGAACGACUUCUUCAAAUACAUCUUCUAGUGGAUCUGGAAUGGGAAGUUCUAGCAGUUUUGGUAUGGGGUCAUCCUCUUUCGGUGGUGGAUCAAGUGGAUUUGGUAUGGGCUCUGCAGCGUCGACUGGGUCAACGAAUGGAUUUGGAAGCUCUGGAUCUUCAGCCACAGGAUCUGGAUUUGGAACUUCAUCUACAUCCCAAGGGUCAACAAACGGUUUUGGAAUGGGAAGUGGGUCAAUGUCAUCCAGUUCUGGUUUUGGAUCAGAGUCUGGAUUCGGAUCAUCAUCUUUAUCAGGUGGAAGCUCUGGAACAGGUUCAUUAUCUUCAGGAUUUGGUUCAUCUUCAGGAAACACUACAUUAAGCAAAACUCCAACCUCUUAUUCAACUAGCAAUGGGCCUGGUACAGGAAAUGGUCGCUUUGAUUACAGUAAUAAUUUUGGAAGUCAGAGUGCCUCUACAGGAUUCGAUGCCUUUAGUAGCAAUGCUUUGAACAAACCGGGUAGUGGAUUUAUUAGACCAAGUCUACUGGAUGCCAGUUUUGGCUCAGGAAUGCCAAAGGGCGGUAGUUUUGCUGAUGGAAUUAAGGGUUACAACACCGCUGCAUCUGUACCAGGGGGUUCUGGAGUAAGUGGAAGUAGUGCAACGGGUGGAAGCACAGGUGUAUCCUCUAGUGUAGUAAGCAGUGCAGGGAGUAAACUUGGUAUUUCCGGCUCGGGAGCCACUGUAGGGGCAAACAAAGGAGAUGAUGGAUCAACGCUCAAUGGUUUUGUCGGAAGUUUUACAGGAAAUAAUCUAGGUAAUGUCUCAAAUGUUGGAGGAUUUUCUCCAUCAAGUUCAGGAAAUAGCGGAGCAGUUGCUUCGGGAGGAGGCGCUAGUGGCACAGCAGGCGGAAGUGCUGCUUCUUUUGGAAACAGCGGAAGUGGCUCAGCUCUUGGGUUUGGCAGUAGUGGGUCCACUGGUUCUGGUUCAGGAGGAUUUAAUGGUGGUUCGAGUGGAUUUGGGUCUGGGGGGAUUGGAGGAAGUUCAAAUAGUAGUUCUGGGACAGGGGGAUUUGGUGGUAGUGGUUUUGGGUCCGGAGGAUUUGGAGGAAGCGCAAGUGGAACAAGUUCUGGUGGAUUUGGGUCUGGUGGAUUUGGUGGAAGUAGCUCGGGUGGCUUCGGAUCCGGAGGUUUUGGUGGUAGUUCUAGUUCCACAAACUCAGGUGGUUUUGGAUCCGAUGGGUUCGGAGGAAGCUCAAGUGGUAGUGGUUCAGGUGGGUCUGGGUCUGGUGGUUUUGGUGGCACAACCUCAGGUGGUUUUGGAUCAGGUAGUUUCGGUGGAAGCUCAACUGGAAGUGGUUCGGGUGGCUUUGGAUCCGGGAGUUUUGGUGGCAGCUCAAGUGGCACCAGCUCAGGUGGGUUUGGUUCGGGUGGUUUUGGUGGAAGCAGUUCAACGGCAUUUGGUGGAAGUGGGGGCGGUUCUAAAAACGGAUUUGGAUCAAACACCGGGGGUUUUGAACAGGGAAGCGGCUUUUCCUAUACAGAUGGUUCGAUGAGUAAAGGGGUACACGACACACACGCCGGUGGCGGUCCUGUGUAA